UUCCAGGUCAGAAAGUGGAAGAUGCUGACUCGCCAUCAUGGAGACAACACAGGCAAACAGAAGGAAGAAGAGUCAGAUGUUCAUCUGGGAGGUUGUCAGUGCUGGGGGCUCCACGCCUCUCCUCUCAUGGCCAGCCCAGUAAUGCUGGAGUGCUCCAUCUGCAGUGGGCCCUACAUCAGCUACACUUUAGAAGACACAUGGCAACCCCGUCAACGAACACAGGCAAUGGACCUCUACUACCACAAUGAGUCAGAGCCGGACAGCUACUGUUGCCCUGGUGACAGUGGAUUGGUGGCAUUAGUUACUGCUUUUAUGAAACAGAGGAGGAUGGGGCUGAACGACUUCAUUCAGAGGCUUGCCACAAACUCCUACGCCUGCAAGCAUCCUGAAGUCCAGUCAAUCCUGAACUUGAGUCCUCCACAGGAUGCUGAGCUCAUGAACACAAACCCUUCUCCUCCGCCCAGUCCAUCCCAACAGAUCAACCUUGGACCAUCGUCCAAUCCCUCAGCCAAACCUGGCGAUUUUCAUUUCCUCAAAGUGAUAGGCAAGGGCAGCUUUGGGAAAGUGUUGCUCGCCCGGCAUCGCACAGAUGACCAAUUUUACGCUGUUAAAGUAUUACAGAAAAAAGCAAUUCUCAAGAAAAAGGAGGAGAAACACAUCAUGUCAGAGAGGAAUGUGCUCCUGAAGAAUGUCAAGCACCCAUUCUUAGUGGGCCUUCACUACUCUUUCCAAACAGCAGACAAACUUUACUUCGUCCUGGACUAUAUCAAUGGAGGAGAGCUGUUCUACCACCUGCAAAGGGAGCGCUGCUUCCUGGAGCCCAGAGCCAGGUUCUAUGCUGCAGAGAUCGCCAGUGCCCUGGGAUACCUACACUCCCUCAACAUUGUGUACAGAGACCUGAAGCCAGAGAACAUCCUGCUGGACUCACAGGGACACAUCAUUCUCACAGAUUUUGGGCUCUGCAAGGAGAAUAUUGAACCUAAUGGGACAACGUCCACUUUCUGCGGUACACCAGAGUAUUUGGCUCCUGAGGUGCUACAUAAGCAGCCAUAUGACAGGACCGUUGACUGGUGGUGUUUAGGAGCUGUUCUCUAUGAGAUGCUGUACGGCCUGCCUCCCUUCUACAGCCGAAACACGGCAGAGAUGUACGACAAUAUUCUGAACAAGCCUCUGCAGCUGAAGCCCAACAUUUCCAAUUCAGCCAGACACCUGCUGGAAGGCCUCCUCCAAAAGGACCGCACCAAGAGGCUGGGCUGCACAGACGACUUUAUUGAAAUCAAGAACCACAUGUUCUUCUCCCCAAUCAACUGGGAUGAGCUAAACGCCAAGAAGAUCACCCCUCCCUUCAACCCCAACGUGACGGGCCCAAACGACCUGCGGCACUUUGAUCCUGAGUUCACAGAUGAACCUGUGCCCAGUUCCAUCGGCUGUUCCCCGGACAGUGCUCUCUUUACAGCCAGCAUCAAAGAUGCAGCUGAGGCCUUUGUGGGCUUCUCCUAUGCCCCAUCAAUGGACUCCUACCUAUAGGAUUUGAACACAGGCACUUGAAAUGGACACCAGUUCAGACCUACUGGACCUAAAAUGGGCCAUGUCCAUGGACUUGCAUCUUGACCCCUCCCAGCGUUUCCCAUCAGAAUGAUGGAUAUUUCCAAACCAAAACCCUGCAAGAGUUCUUCAACUACAUGUGUACUUUCCAUAUACUCCACAAAUCUUGAAUGCAUUUGAAAUAUUUGCUACAAGAGGAUGUCUGCAGUAGUUAGUGACAAUUUAGGAUUGUAAUCCUUCAUGUUACCUUGAUUUACUAAUCCCAAACAGAUCCCCUUUAAGUCUUCAACUUCCCAUUUCUUACCUGAGAGUGGAGGUUUUUUGCACAUAGCUCAGGCAGCUUAACAGCUCCCCCUCAAUCCUGAAGCCACAACUGACAAGCACAGACGAAAACUUCCCCCUUCUGUCAGAAGAGAAAGGCUGGACCAUACUGUGUCAAACCCCAGAACAGAGUUCUAUUUUCAUCCAUGUAGCGAAACAUCUUCCCUCCACCACCCACGGGGAGCUGCCUGUUGAGUCUGAAUGAGGAGCGUGGAGAUGACAUUCAUUUGGUGCUUUAGUUUCUUCUCAUUUACUUUUUGUGUGUUUUGAAAGCUGAGUGUGUAGAAGCUGAAUGUUACAGAGGGGGAGGGGUAUUACAUUUCCCUCAGAUGUGCCUUUAUUUUUUCUCUCCAUCAGAAUUUACAUAAUUUGGGUUUGUCUGUGACAACAUUACCAUUGCAAUAUAAUCCACUAGUCUUCAAGUGGAUGAGAUUGUUUUGUUUUAUAUUUAACUUCUUUUGUUUUUUCCUUAAGUCACCUGAGUGGAAGGAUGUAGCACUAGAUUAGUAUUUCUUCAGUUUUGAACGUGAGAUGUAGGGACUCAAAUGAUGUUUCCUAUCCUCAUUUGCACAUUUAUGCUGAUAGAGAGACAGAAAGAGCACUGCUGCUAGGUGAGAAUGAGAGGGAUGUGUUGAGAAGUAUUUCUGUAGUUUUGCUUGCCAACUACAUCCCCCUCAUAUAGUCUUCCAUUCGCCUCACACUGAUGUAACGGCAGCCUGCGGACAGGCCGAUAACAUUGAAACCGAACAUUCCACUUUAAUAUUGCUGUAAUGCAGUUUGACGGUAUUUAAGUUUGUUUGUAUAUUUGGAGUUAUGUGUACUAGUUUUAAUGUAUAUUGAACAAGAAAAUGACUAGAGGUAUGCUUAAAUAUGUAUAUGUAACAAGUCAUGUUAAAUGUACUGUAAAUUGUAAAAUUGUUUAUGUGACCAUGUUUGGUUUGCAAUAAAGAUUUAACUUU